CAGACUUCUUCUGUAAUCAGGGACUUUCUUGUCUUUCACCGGUGACAUGUGACAACCCAUAGCUUAUCAACAUACACUUAAGCAUUCAAACUUCACCUCUCACCCAUAUCUCAUUCUCUAAUGAAGGUUGACGUGUUAGAGUAAGCAGCCCACUUGCACUUUGAUGACACAACCUGCGAGUCUAUUGGCCUGAGGGAAGUUAAUCAUUACGUCUAUUGACAACCACAGAGAGACUCUUGCAUUUCCCGAGGCUGAUAUCUUCACAGCUUCCCUUCUCUUUCCUUUCUGCCCUUCACUUUUACCUGAUCUCUUAGACAUGACCAAGCUGAGGCCCAAAGCAAGGAGCCAGGGCGAUGGCGCAGAGGGCCCGGAUGGCGGCUGGGGCUGGGUGCUGGUGGGCGCGCUGUUCGUCAGCACCAGCCUCGUGUUCGGCCUGAUGAGGAGCUUGGGGAUAUUUUUCGUGGAGUUUGUACAAUACUUUGAGGAGAGCGCUCAGGCCAUCUCCUGGAUCUCUUCCACCGGCCUGGCAGCUCAGCAGUUCUUCAGUCCUCUGGGUGCAGCGCUGUGUAAUGCAUAUGACACCCGGUGGAUUGUGAUGACAGGGGGCUGCCUGGCUGGACUCGGCCUCAUUUUGGCCUCGCAGGCCACCUGUCUAGUUCACCUCUACCUCACUAUGGGAGUCAUUUCAGGUCUGGGCUGGGGGCUGGUCUUCACUCCCAUGGUGGCUACAGUCAUGGCUAACUUCACCCGCCGGCGCACCUUGGCAUUGGGGCUGGCGUUCUCGAGCAUCGGCCUGUCCUCCUUCGCCUUCAACCCGCUCUUCCAGCUGCUGGUGGAGAUGUACACCUGGCGAGGGGCCCUCCUGAUCCUGGGGGGCCUCAGCUUCAACAUCCUGCCAUGUGGGGCUCUCAUCCGUCCACAGAGACGCUCUAAAGCACCAGCAAAGGUGGUUUCAGAGAGCAGAGUAUCCUGUGGUUCUUUCCUGCAGAGAGCGUCCUCCUACCUGGAGCUGCCGCUGCUCUUCGAGCGGCCGUACAUCACCUACACGCUGGCCAUCAGUCUUUUAAAUGUCGGCUACUUUGUCCCGUAUUUCCACCUGGUCGCCCACAGUCGCCAGGUCGGCUUCUCGGAGUACCAAGCUGCUUUCGUCAUGUCUGCCGCCGGUGCUACGGACAUCCUGGGUCGCAUAGCGUCGGGCUGGUUCUCAGACCUGGGUCACUUCCGGCUGAUUCAUUUACUGAGCAUGUGGACCACGCUGGCGGGGUUGUUCAUCAUGCUGCUUCCCGUGAGCUCCUUGUCCGGAUCCUACGCCGCUCUGAUGGUGAUCAGCCUCCUCUACGGCUUCUGCUCCGGGGCGCUGACAUCUCUGGUGUUUGCGGUGGUGCCUAUGAUUGUGGGCGUGGAGCGCAUGAUGGGGGCCCUCGGGCUGCUGCAGCUUAUCGAGAGCGGCGCGGGACUGCUGGGGGCCCCACUAUCAGGGUUACUCAAGGACAUCACCGGCAACUACACCGCGUCCUUCAUGGUAGCGGGAGGUUUCGUUGUUCUCGGUACUCUGACCAUGGUCACCCUGCCUCACUACUUCUCCCACAAGGAUCCCCCAUCUCCCCAAAGACGCUCACCCGACGACACAGAGGAGGGUUCACCUGCAGAGCUGGAACAGAUUCAUAGUCUGCCUUCACACACCAAUGAUCUGACGGGUGAAGUAACCAAUAAGCGCCUUCCUGAAGACACGUUUAGUUAAUAUGCUGCUACUAAAAGCAGCUAAAUGGCUAUUCGUUAUACCUCAGAUUCAAACCCAAAGAAGACUUACAGUGAAACUCACACAGCUCAAAGGGGCCAGUGUGUUCCUGACUCUGUUACACAUCCUAACCUCAGUGUAAUAUUUAGGCCAGUAACGUCUGCCUACAAUAAACGUGAAGCAUUUAUUUUGCAACGUACAGAUGACUUGCUUUAUGUGCACAGUAGUUGGCAUGCAAGAUAGGAAAUGUCAAGGAAAAUGUAACGUAUAUUUGAUUGUUUCUGCAUACUUGACAAAGGAAAUAAGAACAUGUUGUUUGUUGUUUAUCUGAAUGUAAUUGCUGAAUCACUCAGCAGCAUAUUUCAAUUUUGCACUGGCAUGAUUUAUGUUCACUUUUCUUAUUUAAUCUAUAUUAUUUUAAUGAGGCACGGAUGACACAGCACAAAAUAUCUGGUUUAUCAGAAUGGCCGGAUUGUUUCACCCUGUCAGUCCUGCGGUUUGUGUAUGUGUGUGUACAUCUCCCAAAAACAUUUAAGUACACACUACAGCUACACACGUUUAUUAGUGAAGCAGGAUUUAGCCUUUCUGUUAAUACUGUUCAUAUUUUUAUACAUUCCAGAAUCGUAAUGUGUUGGUUUUUACACUCCUGUGUAAUUUAUAGAUAUACAAUUUUGAUUAAAAGAAAGUGAAUUUGUUAUUGGCAGCACAAUUUAAUGUUCAUGUUGCUCAGAGCAAGUGCAUUUUCUUGAUGAGCACUUUGUACUUUUUGUAAAGCAAAAACCGACUUUUUAGAAUCACAUAUUGCCAGGUUGGCAUGACAGAGAGCUCAGUGUCACUCUGACCCCUGGCUGCUUUUUAGCUCAAAAGUCAGGUGACCUAAGUAUGACUCUGGCUCACACCGGCAGCUACUGAAUGCAAUGGUUGGAGGUGGACAAUAUUUGUCUUAACUAGGUGAUCCUGGCAGGUCUAUGAUUCAAAACCGUUUUUAUUUUGUACUCUUGAUUAAAAGGCAAUGUAUUUUGUUCAAAUACAUCUC